AUGGCUCAACAAGAAGAAGGUGACCACGCUGACGCCGUCCUUCCCGUCCUUCAGCCUCCCCGCGCUGACGCCGUCCUUCCCGUCCUUCAGCCUCCGAGGGCGCUGCAGAGUCAUCCGUUCUUGCAGGCGGUCGCAGAUGAGGCCCUCCUUGAUGAUCACGAGAACGUCUACGGCGCGCCGAUCAACUACGGCACGGUCUGCCGCGUGAUGGCGAGCGCGCGCAAGGUGUGCCUGAAAGAGCUGAAGAGCAAGGGCGUGGUCAUCCUGCCAGACAUCGUCAGGCUCUCCGCUAAGGUCAAGCCCGCGACGCCUGGGAAGAUCGUGAAUAUCGGGAACAAGGUCAUCCGCGCCUCGUCCAUGCCGAAGCACUUGCUCGUGAAGACGUUCUGCCACAAGGAGCUCAAGAGGAUCGCGGUCUCCGACGAGCAGGCCGCAGAAGUGCUGACCUCGAGGCGCGCGCCUGGCCAGAUAGCGCUGCCCAUGGCGCCGUCGGUUUCCAAGGCUCGGCCCCCGAAGAAGGGCCUGGGCUGCGCGGGGGGGAACGUCGUGGUCAACGGGAAGAUGGUCUUCAACAAGUGGAAGCACUUGCCUCCGCAACAUUGCGAUACCUGCGACCAGGACACCCACUCGCUCGACAGAGACUGCGAGAAGCAGCCGACGUUCCUGGUCUGGACAAAAACGUCCAGUGACACAUCGGCGCCAGGCGGCUACAGGCUGUGCGGCCACGAGUGCUACGCCUGCUCGGACGUUCGCAGGGACCACUUCAAAGGGAUCUCCCAGAAAGAGCUGAAUGAGGAGGCCUCGGCGAGCAGCGAGCUGAUGGUCAAGAUCGUGGUCGACAUCAACACGUACAAGACUAAGCAGGUCAAGAGCAGUUUCAACCAAUAUUUCGUCGAGGGUAGCUGGAUGCCUCUGUGGCAGUUCGUGGAGUCCCACAAGCUCCCGUACAAGCAGGGCGUGCAUUCGGAGGCGGAGGUCGCCCAGCACAUCGAUACGAAAUACAAAGGGUAUAAGGUCGCCCACGAUGAUGAAGGGAUGCUUGGCGUGGAAAUCCCCGACGAACACAAGGGGGUGAAGCGCUUUCGGCGCGGCGUCAAGAGGUCCUCCGAGCAGCACGCGGACAAGAAUCAUGAGAGCGAGGCCGACAUGGCAGAUCGCUUCGAGGACCUCAAGGGCCUGCAGUUGCAGCCAGACGUCCCGCUUUUCCAGCCAGGGGACAGCACGGGCUCCGCGCAGCGCGCGCAGGCGCCUGCGGUCAGACACCCGUCUUUGAAGAGCUUGUCCGAGAGGCUCGCGUGUGACACCGAGGACGCUGCCACCUCGCACGGCCUGGACGACCUCGACGCCUGUGGCGAGACUGGGCGGCGGGGCAAGAUUCAAGCAGCCUCGGGUCGCCGAUCAUCGAGCCCAACGUCGCUGGCGGAUCUGGCCUGCGAUAAGGAGUCUAAGAAGUCUGUUGACGGCCGCCGCUGCAGGUCUACUGACGAGGCCUCGGUGGUCGAGGCGGCAUCAUUCACGCUCUCUUCCUACACCGACGACUUCAGCCUGGGCGAGCAUUGGAGGCAGCGCCCGUACAAGCGGGCCUUCCAGACCAUCAUCGGGAGGUUGCAAAGCUUGGCGCGCAAGUGCGGCAACCUCAUCACUUCGGACCGCUGCCAGAACCUGUCCACGACCCUCUCGGAUCGCGCCGAGUUCCUGGAAAGCCGCCAUCGCAUCCUUGAUGCGUUCAGGAGUGACUUCGCGAACGUCGUGCUUGGCAAGGUCAGCGGUGCCGACUGCCCCGACGUCGUGAAAGUCUUCGCUGGUGCCGAUGAAGAUCUGACCGUGAACAUCCUCACUGCAGCGAUGCAGCCAGUCGCAGAGAAGGCAGUUGGAAACAAGGAGGCGCACGUGGCGUGCAUCCAAGCCCUCCUGAUUGCUCUGCGCUGCGGCAGCACGACGGAUAGCGUUGGUUUCAAUCUGGCUGGGCCUUGCGCGAGGUCUGAGAAGGCGCAGCGGGCCAUUGCGUUGGUCUUCCUGGAGAAGCUCUGGCGUGUGCCCGACGAGAUGACCAUCAUCUUCGUCGGCAAGAAAAUCAGGGAGUUCGAGGUGGAUCUGGCGUGCGACGUGGAGACCUUGAAGCCGCAUGGUGCAAACUCGCUCGUGAACGGUAAGUGGUCGCCUCAGGUCGCCGUGGACAUGGUGUUCACCAUCGCCGCUGCCAAUGUAUUGGAGGUGCGUUCUGGUGCUAACGUCUUCGGCCCGAGCAUCAGGGCGAUCAACGCUGGCUUCGUCGAACACCAGUCCAUGAUCUCCGCCUGGGUCAGAGCGUUGCUGCGGGUGCCAGGUCAACAUGGCAACCACCUGAAGACAGCGUGGGAUAUCAUGGUAGAGCACCACGCCGACCGUAAAGGCCAUGGGAAUCGCGACGCUGACGCCAACCCCGAGCGUUUGAAGAUGGUGGUUCGUGACUCGCUGGCGGCCAUGCGGAAGGAGGUCUCGGAGGAGGGCAACGAGCCGAACGAUGGCGUCAACAAGUGGAUCGAAUACACAGAGCAGGCCGACUCCACAUGGAUCGCUGAUAUCUGUGCAUUUGGCGAUGUUGCUUACGAGGUAGGGCAGGCAAACACCUUGCCCCCCGCUGAAUUGAACGAGCUCGUCGACCUGGGCAGCGACUUCGUCGAGUUCACUCUGACGCUCGUGGACGCCGUCCUGCGCCAGAGCGACUACCAGAAUCUCCUCCUGAACUACAUCGCGGACCCUGGAAAUCGACAAGCCGUCCAUGUUGAUACUGGUGAUGGUUUCGGGAGCGAGUACAACCAAGCCAUGGUGGCAAUCGAGUGGCUAAAGGAAUCGACCCAGGUCCUCACGCACUUCGAGACGUCCGCGAACUCGAUGGUUAUCCAGGCGAAGGCCAUCUUAGACGUCAUAGCCAAUAUCGCGGACCACGCUGGUUUCAAGAUGGCCAGCGCAGACGACGUGAAGAAGUCCAUGCAGGUGUGGAGCAACAUGUACAUCGACUUCAAGCGAGUGCCGAAGGCCACCGACGAGUUCCAGAACGCUGGCAAGGAGCUCGUCACUUUCCUCCAGAGGGCUAGCUCCAGCGAUGCGAUCAAUCGCGGCUUCGUCUCAGUGAUGGGCGAGUUGUUGGGCGAUCCAGCAUCGCCGCUUGCUCUCGCUUGUCUGAAAGAGUACGACUCCCUCAGCGAAGUGCUGCCGACGGAGGCGAAGGGCCUCAUGGCUGCGGCAAGGGCGAUUGCGUGGAUCCACGACGCGGCGGCCGCCUUGAAGAAGUCCAGGUUCGUCGGUGGCCUCGUGGAGGUGGCCCAGAUCCUGGAAGGCGUCCACGCGGCGGUCGCUGUUGCCCCGAACGCUUACCACAAGUUGCCAGAGACGGCGAUCUACGAGGCCACAUUCUGGGCAGAACUCGAGUCUUUCACGAAGGCUCUGCAGGAGAAGGUGGACAACGGUCUGGUGCUCCACAAGAAGUUCCACACCGAUUUCAAAGUUGUGUUGGAUUCAGUCGCCAAGUGGGCCGCCGUGUGGACCAACAUCGCCACGAAAGCGGCGGCACACUUGAAGUUCAUGGAUGAUAAGAGUGAGGUCGCCAUGGGCAUGUCUCGCCUCCUCGCCUCGCUGAAGGGAGAGCUCGAGCCAUCCGUGUCGCAGCUGGCGGUCUCGCUGACGACGUGCCUGGCCGUGUCUCAGUUCAUGAAGAAUCGCGAGGCCAAGCUCGACGUGCUGAAGACCAAGGUGGCGCAGUCUUUGUCGCACGCUUGGCUCAAGUGGAAGGUCUCACAGUCGAGCUUGCACUCGACGCUGCAGAGCAAAAUCGCCGAGCUCGAGGGCGCCUGCGACGAUUCGACUCCCGCGAAGACCAGCGACAGCACCUCGUUUGCUGCCGCGGCCACCGACCCCACCUCGGGCGCAGGCUCGGCAUCCUCGACAACUGCUGCGACUACCGCCGCUCCGCCCAUGAAGAAGCUCAAGAAGGCCGCGCCCGCGGCGAUCACAAAGUGGUCGUGCCUUGGCCUCUCCGCGACCGAGGUGGCCGCCAAGCCGGCGAAUGACCGCGACGAGGGGGCGGCGAACUCCAGCGCGGCCGCGCGGGCAGACCACAGCGACGCGGAGUCCGUGGCGGCGCUGUGCAGGCGGGGAGUGCAGCAAGGGCUGCUCGUGGUUCCCCAGGCCUCCCUGGUUUGCAAGCUGGAGCUCGGCGAUAGGAACGUCAAGUACCACGCGCAGUGCACCAAGGAGCAGGCCAGCGAGCUUUAUCACGGGCUCGUGGACGCUCUGCGCGUGGCGGCCCGGGAGUUGGUGGCCGGUCCCGGGCCGAAGCACGACCCGGCGGCCUACCAGGCGAUCAAGGCGCAGCGCGCUGCUGCCGCGCUGGUCGCCCCAGACCGCCUGUUCAAGACCAGCGAGUACGACGGCAAGUACUCCCGCUACGACGAGCGCGGCGUGCCGACACACGACGCCGCGGGCCAGGAGUUGGCCAAGAGCGCACAGAAGAAGUUGGAAAAGCUCUACGCCGCGCAGGUGAAGAAGUUCUCCAAGGCCUCUGCGGCGUCCGAGCCCGGGGCUGGCGACGGCGCGGGCGCCAGCGGGGAGGGCGAGGUCGCAGCGGAGGCCCCGGCGGCCGCCACUGCGGACGCCGCCGCUACGGCGGCGGCGCAGGUGCUGGAGCCGGAGCUGCCGGAGGGUGCAUGCUUGCCCGAGGUCCGGGCAGGCACGUUCGGAGGCCGGCAGGGCUUCGAGAUGGCGUCCGGCGGGCCGUUCACCCACAUGUUCGUCUUCUGA